GUCAGCAUGAACGCUAAAGGUUGCACUAAUUUGAGCUAUACUUUAUCGAUAUAAUUAGGUUAUUCUAUUUGAGUGCUUGCUAUCUUGUCAGUAGUACACUUCUAGUAUUUGAAGAACAUCUUCAAAGGUUUUAUUACAUAACUACCACUACUGAUGCCAUCGACUAGGACAACGAGAACAAGACGAAAUCCUACAUCGGAUAAGAGGUGUACAGUCAUCAAAUGUAUGCGAAAAAUAGUUUUCAUGCUUGUUUUCUUAUUAAUUGGUCUUUCAACAGGACUUAUAGGACCAAGUAUUUUAUAUUUGGAAAAAUUAGCUAGUUCACGUGAAGAUGAAACAGCACUUAUAUUUACAUCAAAAUCUGUUGGUUGUAUUGGUGGUUGGAUAGUUAGUUGUCUAUUGUUGGAUUCAAAUGGUUUUAUUAAUAAACCAAUUGAUUUAUUAAGUAUUGGACUUUUUGGUUUAAUUAUAUCUAAUGGUUUAAUUAUUUUCAUUAAACAUCUUUGGUGGAUGUUAGCAGUAUUCUUUCUACAAGGUUUAUUUGUAACCAUUUCUUUACAAGGAUGUGUUUAUCAUCAUGAGAAUAUCAAGCAUCGAUUACAUGUUAUCCCACAAUAUUUAACAACUAUUUUCUUAUUGGGCUGUGUACUGACUCCAUAUCUUCUAUUGAUCAUUGAACCGAAUUUAGACGCUAUCACACCAAUAACCAGUGUUCAUCCUAGUAGUGGUAGUAGUAGUAGUAGUGGUAAUAGUGGUGGUAGUACUGGCCCCUUAAACAAAUUAUCCUUUCCAAUACACGAUACACUUAUUUCAAAUAUAUCCAAUGUCAAUUCCAUACAGCUUAUUGACAGUAAUAAUGAUAUUGACAAUAAACUGUCUACAUUUGCUCGUUAUCCACGACAAAUUCCCAUGAGUAAUCAUUCACUACUACAAAAAAACAAUUCCAAUUAUAGUUUACAAAUGACAACGACAAUCCCAAUUGACGUGAAUCAUCAUUCCAUAUCUUCUAAUAAUAAUAAUCAAUCGUUGUUUAAUGUAACAUUGACAACUGAACUCAACUUUAAUAAUAAAACACAACUGAAUAUGACAUUGAAUGCGUCUUCAACAACUACUACUACUACUACUACCACUCCUACCACUAUAAAACCUGUCAUCAAGAAAAAACCAUCAGUGAAUGAUGCUAAACAUUUGAAUCAAGAUAGUUCUGCAGCAGAUGGUAGUGAAACAGCGUUUAAAAUGAAAAAACUUACAGAAGAACGUCAAAUUGAAAAAUUAACUGAUGAGCAUAAAUCACCACCAUCAGUGUCUAAUGUUGAUUCAAAUAAACUUGAAAAUGUUAUAGUUCAAAAUCAGUCGACUACUACUACUACUCCCACGACUGCUACGACUACUACUACUAAUACUACUAAUACUACUACUAGUACUAUAUUGAUGCAUAUUUCCAAUUCAACAUUUACCAACCAAUCAAAUAUCUUGACAAACAUUUCAAAUUCCACUUCUUCACCCUCCACUGAUCUUUCAUUUCAUUUAAACAAUGUUUCAACAGAAUUUCCGCCUAAUUUGAAAAUAACCACAUCAAUUGAACAACAUCAUCCAUUCAGUAAUAAAACUACCAUGAAUCCUAUGAAUUCAACAGACAAUAAUCCUGUGUUGAAUACAUCAAAAUCCAAAAUCAAUAACAUUAAAGUUAUACUUGGUAUGUAUAAUAUUACUGAUGACAUGGAAUUAGUUAGUAGUAAUAAUAAUAAGUCUUCUACCAUGACUACUACUACUACUACUACUACUACUAAUACAACUACUCCAUUUCUAGUCAAUACAUUUACACCAACAGUGAUACAAUCAAACAAUAUCAUUGUAGUUAAUAAUUCAACAAUGCAAAACUCUAAUGAUCGUCUGCAGCCUCAUCGUCAUCAUCAUCGUAUCGCUGAACAUUCAUCAAGUAAAUCACCUUAUAAUUUUUUACUUCCAUUUCAAUAUCCAAUGGAAUCUGUACAAAAAGUUUAUUUAUUAUUAAGUAUCAUUGCAUUGAUCGUAUGGCUAUUAACCAUCCCAUUGACAAGUUGGUGUGAAUCAAUGUUUAUGCGUUUCUUUGAUCUUCAACUUAUCAAUGAUGAUGAUGAUGAUGAUGAUGAUUAUGACGUGGAUUAUAGAAAUAAUCAAUUUGAGUUGAUUUCUGUUCAUAAACUCUCUUCAUCUAAUAUGAAAAGUCGAUUGAAUUUGGAUAGUAGUCAAAAUCAUUCGGAAGAAGGUGUCAAAUCAAGAUUACUUGAAAAAUCUGACGAAAGUGAUACUCAGUCGGAUUCCUCCGAUGAAUUAUGGAAUCGAAAUCAAUAUAUUGAUAAAACCAGCGAGGAGAUAAUUUGUCAUUCUGACUCUGAAUUAAUGCAUGACGCUGAUGGUAAUGUUAUUCCAGAAAAUUCACUCAUGAAAUCAUCUGUAUCAGGCAAUAAUAAUGAUGAUAAUCUUGACAAAUCAGUAUCUGGUUUAGAAAUAACAUUUAGUGGAUUUAUAGCCAGUCUUACAAUACGUUAUCUUCUUUGGUCACCAACGUUAGCAAUCAUUGUGACCAGUUUAUUUUGGUUUGGUAAUCUUGCUGGCUAUGUCAUUCGUUUAUUAAUAAUCAAUGCGAAAUGGCCAGAUUUACGUGAUACUUUACCGGAUAAUUCAAAUAAUCAAUUAUUAUCAUUUAAACGUAUGUAUUCAACUAGAAAACAUCGUCGAAGUUAUUCAAAGAAUACAAAAUCCUCCUCGUCCAUCAUUAUUAUAACUAGUAUACAAUUAUGUGGCAGUUUUGUUUGUAUCGUUAGUGCUAUCGCAUUGACACGUUUAUCCAUGUCCACUGGAAAAUGUUCCCUAUCACCUGUAAACACAUAUUCAUUAGCACAUCCUUACAUAACAUGGUUAAUUGGAAGUUUUUGUUUCGGCAUUGGGAUUGGUUUGUCCUCGCCCAAUACUGGUACAUUAAUGACAAUACAUUCAAGGACAAGCUUUCUAUUUCUCUCAACAACAAAUUCAUAUCAACUACAAUUAGUAGUAUAUUUUGGUCAAUUAUUAAUGCCAGCUAUUAUAGCUAUGUUACAUCAUCAAGCUUUACUGUUUUGGCAUUAUUCAUGUGUACAUAGUCUUGGUGUAUUAUGUGUCAGUGUAUUGAUGUGUUUUACAUUGAUUGGUCAUUUCGCCAAUGAAUUAUUCAUUGAAAAGAAACAUAAUUAUUUGUUUAAAUUACCGAAAACUACAUCUAAAAUCAUAUCAAGGAAGGAAGGAAGUAAGUAAGUUAGUAAAACAAACAAAAAAACAAUUAGCUCUUUUCAAUUGAACAUUGAUCAUUCCCCCAUAUUGAUGAUGAUUGGUUACAAAUGUCUUUCAUUAUUACACUUGUUUGUAUUUUUUGUGGGGGGGAGUUAACUAAACCUACUUGAAUUUGUGAUAGUUUUAUUGUGUUACUCUGUAUACUCUUACUGCCCACCCUGGCGCCCACCCGCCAUUCGCCUCCCCUCGUCUCCUCGCUCCUCUUCAUCUCUAGUCUGAUGAUCAAUUCUAAUCAUUAUAUGAUGGCUGCAUUUUCUUUUCUACUGUAACAACAAUUUGUAUUUGUAUUCUAUAAGUGUGUGUGUGUGUGUGUGUGUGUGUGUGUGUGUGUAGUCAGUCAAUUUGUGUUGAACUCUUUUUUUCUUUCUGUAUAAAAAAAAACAGUAUUUCUUAUGAUCAAUUUAUUUUUCAUAGGUUUUCUAUUGUGAAAGUUUAAUUAAUUUGUUGUUGUUUUUCAUUUCUUUAUUUUUGAAUUUUUUCUUUGAAUUUUCGUGGUAUAUACUACUUAAUAUGUUAUAAUAAAAUUGGUUUGAUUA